GUUUCAAGUUCGAGUUCAAUUUCAAGUUCAGGCUCCCCUUCUUCAAGUUCAGGUGGUGGGGGAGGUGGUGCUGGUACUGCAGCAGCCGCGCCUGCGGCUGCUGCAGCAUCUUCAUCAAGCAGUCAACCAGUGAGUCCGACAAAUGCACAGGCACCCAGUGAAGUAGAUACAGCACCCUCAGGACUAUCUGUAUGGUCACGAAUUCUUGGGAGGGUGCAAAAAAAUUUUUGGUCUAUGCUGACUCCAACUACGUGGAUCACCAAAGUUCCUGUGGCCGCCAUUAAUACUGCCUCCAGUGUAGCUCCCUCAGUUAUAACGAAAUUUCAUGAAGUUGUAGGAGGUAAACUACAAAUUGAUGCUCCAACACCUGCUGCUCUUCCUCCACCGCCUGAACCAGUUCCCCCUACGCCCACCACAAAGCCUACAAAACCUUGGGAUCGGCUUACCCCUUUUAUUGCUUUGGCUCCUGCUACAGUUGCUAUUUCUAUUUUUUCCUACUUAAUCUGGAAGUAUUUUGCUCAACUGCGUAAGAUAAGACUCUACAGAAGAGCUCCUUUAAGAAUUCCCGGUCCAUCAGUACAGGAACAGCUCCUUGAUCAUGUGGAAGAAGCUGGUCCACAUGAAUAUCAAUUGGUGAAGGAACGAAAACCUCGUUCUGCUCCAACGAGAACGAAACGUUCUGGUCGCGAUCCUGCUGGUGGUGGUCGCGUGAAUCGCCGCACCAUUAUUAAAAUUCAUUUUGAACUGGUGGACGAAUGUCAAAAAGGGAACACAAAAUUGACUCAGAAUGAUUUUCUGGAACUUUUAGUUCGAGAGUUUAUGGGAAGCGAAUUUAUGGAAGAAGAAGAAGAAGAACAGGUUUCUAAGGAAGAGGUUCUUAUGGAAGGGGUUCCUAUGGAAAGUGUUCCUAUGGAAGGUGUUCCAAUGGAACUUGUUCCAAGUUUAGGUUCCGGGUUACUGGUUUAA